UACUCUUGGUAUAACCUUCUUACAAUCUCACUCUCUCCGGAACGAACGAAUUGCAGAUUUACAGUAAGGAGGUCAGGCCAUGAAUACUGAUCGAUUUUUAUCUGAAUUCAGCUAGACCUGGAGAAGCUUGAUCGGUUUGGAUCCCCACAGAGCCCAAUAAAGGGGAGACUAGUGAAAAAGUAAUCUCGAAGGCAUACAUUUUCUGCAUAGAACAUGUCCCAGUACCAAGGGGAUGAUAUCGACUACAUGGCUGAUGAUUAUGAAAUGGCGGAUGUUGAUGAUGAUAUGGAUCAAGAGUUUCGUGGUAGAGGAAUGGGUGACUCAGAGUCGGAUGAUGAUGAAUAUGAUCAAUUGAACAACAAGAUAACAGAUACUUCGUCUGCACAAGCUAGGAGAGGAAAAGAUAUCCAAGGAAUCCCUUGGGAUAGAUUAAACAUUACCAGGUUAAAGUAUAGACAGACCAGAUUAGAACAGUACAAGAACUAUGAGAAUAUUCCUCAAUCUGGAGAGGGUUCUGAAAAGGAAUGCAAACGCACAAUGAAAGGAGGCAUGUAUUAUGAGUUCCAGUGCAAUACAAGAUCUGUGAAGUCAACAAUCCUUCAUUUCCAGCUCAGGAAUUUGGUUUGGGCUACAUCAAAGCACGAUGUCUACCUCAUGUCACACUACUCCAUUAUUCAUUGGUCUUCACUAACUUGCAACAAAUCUGAAAUUCUCAAUCUUUCAGGGCAUGUUGCACCAUGUGAGAAACAUCCUGGGAGUCUCCUUGAGGGAUUUACUCAGACCCAAGUUAGUACAUUGGCAGUAAAGGAUAAGUUGGUAGUUGCUGGAGGUUUUCAGGGAGAGCUUAUUUGCAAGUAUUUAGAUCGACCUGGAGUUAGCUUCUGUUCAAGAACAACAUAUGAUGAUAAUGCAAUCACAAAUGCUGUUGAGAUUUAUGACAGUUCAAGUGGUUCCAUUCACUUCAUGGCUUCAAAUAACGAUUGCGGAGUUAGAGACUUCGAUUUGGAGAAGUUUCAGCUUUCUAAGCACUUCCGUUUCCCAUGGCCUGUUAAUCAUACAUCUCUGAGUCCUGAUGGUAAGCUUCUUGUCAUUGUUGGGGACAACCCUGAUGGAAUGCUAGUGGAUUCCCAAACUGGGAAGACAGUCAUGCCUCUUUGUGGACACUUGGAUUUCUCAUUUGCUUCAGCUUGGCACCCUGAUGGCCAUACGUUUGCCACUGGAAACCAGGACAAGACCUGCCGAAUUUGGGAUGCCCGCAACCUCUCGAAGUCAGUGGCUGUCCUUAAGGGCAAACUUGGAGCCAUCCGAUCAAUCCGUUUCAGUUCUGAUGGUCAAUUCAUGGCAAUGGCAGAACCUGCAGACUUUGUACAUGUUUUUGAUGUGAAGAAUGGGUAUGAGAAGGAGCAGGAGAUUGAUUUCUUUGGUGAGAUCUCUGGUGUAUCAUUUAGUCCUGAUACAGAGUCCCUCUUCAUUGGUGUGUGGGACCGCACAUAUGGUAGCCUCCUUCAGUAUGGCCGUUGCAGGAAAUAUUCGUACCUCGACUCCCUUGUUUGAGUUAGUAUGGGUACGGGUUUGAGGCUUGAUGUGUCUGAUAAAUCACAAUUAAGGAGGAGAAAAUGGUGAAGUCAAAGGAUUGUGUAGAAUUUUCUGGUUUCAUUUUCAAUAAUGGGGAGUAUUUAUCUCCUUUCUUUCUUUCUUUUUUUUGGGGGGAGGGGGGGUAAACCAAGGGUGUAUAAAGGGGCGGUAAUGUACAGGGACCAGAUGCAUUGGUGAGGUGAAGAUGAAACUGAAUGAAAAGAAGGGCUUCUCUCAUUGCAGAGAGAGAGAGAGAGAGACUUGGGCGAUAUAAUGGGUAAUUUAUUGGUGCUGUGUAUCUGUAAACUUGCUUCGUGCUUUAGUAUUCUUCUGCACAACUGUUAGGAAUUUAUCUAGUGGUAUCUUUUUUUUUU